AAAAAGUUUCUGGGUGAAGGUCUGUGACCUUUUUGAACCUUUUAGGAGGAGACCGGUCCGAUCUGAUAGCAGAUCACUGGCACGCAUCAAAACACUGCUGGCAGCUUGGAGUCAUGCAAACAGAUUCCUGGAAAGCUCAGAGCAGUUUCUACAUCAUGCUGAUAUUAGUUUUAAUUUGGGAGAAAAACAUUGCAGAGGCUUUCAAUGAGACAUAGUGAUGCAAAACUUCCUUUUUGUUCCAAGAUGACCUAGAAUAAUGCUGACCCAUUUAGGACCUAAAAUUUGUUUCCUUUUCGGUUCUGUUGCCUGUUGAAGCUAUUUUAAACCCGAACUUGUUUGUCAGGUCGUCUUAUUUGCAUUGCUGAGCAGAUCUGAGCGUUUUCAGGACACGGUUCCAUUCGGGAUCGGACUCUGUGGUGUCAGGAUGAACUCCUCGCUCAUCCAGGUCUCCUGCAGCUCCAACUCCUCAGUGGAGCAGCACAUGUACCCCACUGUCUACUCUUUAUUCUUUAUCGUGGGGUUUCCAUCCAACUGCCUGUCUCUGUUCGUAGCCUGGAAGCUGGCGCUGCAGGGGAACAACAUGGCGGUCUACCUGGUCAGCCUGAGUGUUUCGGACCUGCUCUACACGGUCACUCUGCCUGUUUGGAUCGGGAUGGCGCAGCGCUGGAACGUCUCUGAUCAACUGUGCGGCGUGAUGUAUCUGAUCAUGUACAACAGCUUCUACGUGGGCUCGGGUCUGCUCUGCUGCAUCUCUGUGGACCGCUACCUGGCCGUGGUCUACCCGCUCCACUUCCACUGGGUCAGAGAGGUCAGGGCCGCAGCUCUGCUGAGCACUGCCGUCUGGCUCCUGGAGAUUUCUCUUCACGUUCUCUUGCUUCACCACAUGGGGGCGCUGCAGUCAUUCAACUUGUGCCACCAACCGAUGCCACUGACGCAGAAGGAUGCCGACGUUGCCCUGGUUCGGGUGGUGCUCGGCUUCCUGCUUCCUCUGGUCAUCAUGACGCUGUGCUUCCAGCAGAUCAUGCAGUCGCUCAGACGGAGCCGCUCCGUCCUGCAGGAAGAGCGGCGGAGAGUGGGGCUGCUGCUGCUGCUGCUGCUGCUCACAUACAUCGCCUCCUUCGUGCCCUACCAGACGGUCAUGAUCCUGCGGGUCGUCCUGGAGCCGGGGGCCUGCGACUGGGCCCGCGGCCUCCGGGACCCGUACCUGGUCACGGUGGCCAUGACCACCCUGAACAGCACUCUGGAUCCCAUCUUCUACUGUUUGAUUAACGAGAGCGCCAAGAGAGAGAUUGGGAGAGCGAUGAACAGAGGGAGGAGACGUUUCAUCAAGACACGGAUCCAAGCCGUUUCCUGAAUUCCUCUUCGUCAACCUGCAUCCGUAUUUAGUUUUGUAUCAAAUGAUUGUGCACAAAACGAUUUAAUUUAGAAAAUAUAAGCAAUACUUGGACUGAAGUCAACUGAAGGGCGUGAUUACUUUCUGUAAAGAAGGAAGUCAUUAAUGUUUGUGUUUAAUCUUUUCAGUGCUUUCCUUUAAAAGCCUCUAAAAUCAUGUCUGUAUUAUUAUUCUUUAUUAAUCUGCCAAAUAAAUGGGAAGUGAAUUUUU